AUUCUCGAGAUUUAUGACCGAAUCCGAACCCGACUCCGUCCUCCGUCCUUGAAUCCGAACUACUAUAUGCUCGUUCGAGAUUCCGCAUUUCUUUUUCAUGAUAGUAUAAAUGCGUCUUUCGAUCUUGUCAUUCUUUCAGAGUCCGAAUUUUCCUUCGAAAUUUCCUUGCCUUGCUAAUUUGACGCAUUCGACCAAAGUUAGGAAAUCAACAUAGAUCCUGUAUUCAAACAUCAGUAUAACUUCCCCUUUUCCCCAAACGAUUAACCAUGCACGACACUAAAGAAGCAAAGACAUCUCACAGCACCAUACCGCCCAUCGACGAUGGCAAAGACAAUAAUAGUAUCCGACCCUUACAGACCCCAAUUCACGACCACCAACACACGACCACCAACACACGACCGCAGCCGAAAAAGAAGAGCAGAAAUACAUCUCCGGACCGAAACUCUGGCUCAUCACAGCAGCAGUGACUCUCGUGAUGUUCCUGACAUUGCUCGACACUACCAUCAUCGUAACGGUAUAGUGGCGGUGUCUAACGAGGAUUUGGGUGUGGUUGCUGAUAGGGUGGAUAGGCAAUUCCUCGAAUUACGACGGAUUUCGGGUCUUUGGCGGAUGUGGGGUGGUAUGGGAGUGCGUAUCUUAUCGCGAGGUGGGAUAUCCCUUUUCCUUUCCAAAUUUAUUUUGAAGAUCUUAUGUUGAUGUUUUUGAUGUUGUUAGUUGUGCUCUGCAGCCAUUGACUGGGAAGAUAUACAGCCAAUUUAGCUUAAAGGUAAGUCUUAUACAUACACACGCCACUUAUUCCAAGGGAGAAUGGAAAUAUGCUGAUUUUCUCAAGUAUAACUUUCUUGCCUUUCUCUUCCUUUUCGAAAUUGGUUCUGCUGUCUGCGGCGCCGCGCUCUCGUCGAAGAUGUUGGUCAUUGGACGCGCAGUUGCGGGACUGGGUGGCUCGGGAUUGAGGAAUGGGGCACUGAGUAUUAUCACCGAGUGUGUUCCUUUGUCAAAGCGACCACGUAAGUGUUUUUUGUGUUCUUGUGGGAGGUUAGCCGGAGGAGAGCUAAUGUGAAUCAGCAUACUUUGGAGUCAUGAUGGAUCGUAAGUACAAGUACAGCUCUACAUAAGCCCUUUCGUUUUUCUAAUGACAAUGACAUUUAGUUUCUCUAUGUGGUGCGGCGGUAGGACCCUUACUAGGAGGUGUGUUUACCAAAUAUAAUAGCUGGCGAUGGUGUAAGUUGAAAGUCAUGCUCCCUUUGACCGAUUCUGACCUUCCCAGGUUUCUACAUCAAUCUACCCAUCGGUGCCGCAGCCGCCACCCUACUUUUAGCAAUCCGAAUACCCGACGCCAAAGCGAAGAAACCCAUGAGCGUUAUAUCCGCGCUAUCUACCCUUGACCUCGUCGGCUUCUUCCUCUUCGCACCUUGUGCCAUUAUGUUCCUCAUGGCUCUCGAAUGUGGAGGAUCAAAGUACGCCUGGAGCAGUGGCACCAUUAUCGGUCUCUUCUGCGGCGUAGGGAGUAUAUUCCUCGUCUUUCUCGGCUGGGAACACCGUCUCGGCGACGAGGCGAUGAUUCCCUUUAGUAUGGUGCGAAGACGAGCCGUCUGGUCCUCCUGUCUAGUCAUCUGGUUCUUCUUCGGAGGGAUGAUGGUAUACUCGUACUACCUCCCCAUCUACUUCCAGGCCGUGAAGGGGACAUCGCCACUAGCGAGUGGUGUAGAUAUCCUCCCUUUGAUUCUCAGCCAGAUGGUUGCAGCGGUUCUUUCCGGUGGCUUGGGUGUGUAUCUUACCCUCUAGUCGUGAAGCAUAGCUGAUACUGUAUGACUUCUAGUUAAGAAAAUAGGAUACUAUCUCCCUUUCAGCAUUGCAAGUAGUAUCCUGAUGGCGAUAUUCGCUGGAUUGAUCACCACGUUCUCGGUAGAUACCUCGACCGGGCAAUGGAUCGGAUAUCAAAUCAUUGGAGGCUUCGGCCAAGGCCUCGCAAUGCAAAUGGCAAGCUACCCUCAAGAAUCUCCAAACAUCUGUUUAGAAGUAAGAAAACUAACUCCUAUUCCAGCCCUACAUCGCCAUCCAACACUCCAUCCCACAGGAACACAACGCCGUCGCCCUCGCACUCAUCGUCUUCAUGCAGAAUCUAGGCGGUGCGGUAUUCCUCGCUCUGGCGCAGACAAUCUUUACUACGGACUUACGCAGUGGAUUGGCGAGGUUUGCGCCGACGGUUGAUGUCGGAAUGGUGGAGGCUGCUGGUGCUACGGGGUUCCGAGCUUUGGUUGAUUCGGUGGAGGUUGUUGGGGUGCUCGAGGCGUAUAAUUUGGCUGUGACGAGGAACUUCUUUCUGGCUGUUGUUUGUGCGGGGGUGAUACUUUUUUGUUGUUGGGGAAUGGGGUGGGUGAGGAUUGAGAAGAGUGAGGAGUCUGAUGCUGGGGAGAUAACUAGGAAGUAA